GAGCGCUGCUCUGCGAUUUAAAGGAAACUAGAUCAUGAAGAAACUUGAAGACAGACACAAAGCUUCAUUUCUGUUGAGCUUGAAGGACCAAUUAAACUUCUGAAGCUCCUGUUAAUCAUGAGAAAGCUGAAACAAAUCCUGAAAAGACCUGUGUGUGUGCUGCUGGCCAUUUGUUUGCUGUGGUGUGUGGGCCUGCCUUAUUUCAUUCUGACUAAUGUUGACCAGAGGAGCAUUGGUGUGACUGCUGACAACAGGAAAGUGUGGCUGGAAACAAGCAAGGCCCAAGAUGUGAUGAAGAUUUUUGUACAGUUUGUGGAUGAUCUGCUGAACGUCGUCAAAACGGAUAAUAAUGUCUCACCAUCGCCACGUUUUAAAGGUUACAAGGAGGACAUAAAAGCUCUUCAGGACAAAAUGGAGGCAGAGAAAAUGAAAGGUCAGAUGAAGGAUGAGAUGAUAAAGGAACUGCGUGCUGAUAAAGUCCAACUGCGGCAAGAAGUGAUUCGCUUGGAGGAGCUUCUAAAGCUGCAGCUGCAGAAGGAAGAGAAAAAGGAGAAAGUGGAAUCUGUAGAUGAAAUCGCGGAAGAUAAAAAUUGCCCCCUGCCACGUUUGGAUGGAUUUCCAGAGUGUAAGGGGAAAAUCAAGUGGAUGAAGGACAUGUGGAUGACGGAUCCCUGCUACAGCAGUUAUGGUGUGAAUGGGUCGCUGUGCUCCUUCCUCAUCUAUCUCAGCGAGACAGAGUCCUGGUGUCCUGUUCUUCCGGGCCGAGUUGUCCCUUCAGUUAUUGAAGAAACAAAACAGCCGGUUUUAGAGAAUGCAGUAAUACGAGGACAUUUUGAGGCGAUGCACCAGUUUUUGCACAACAAGACAGAAUUUAGGUGGAUCCAACAGAGAAUUAAAAGUAUGGAGGAAAUUUGGUUGGAAGCGGGACGUUCUCUCUCGUCCAAAUACAACCUGGAAAACCGGAAAGCCAAACAGAUACUUGUGCAUCCUGGUGCGCUUACGAAAGAAGCGGGUCUCAAAAUAGCUGAGAAUGCUUUCAGCGGCGGCCCCCUGGGGGAGCUGGUUCAGUGGAGUGACCUUAUUUCCUCACUUCAUGUUUUGGGUCAUCAUCUUCACCUGUCGGCCUCCCUUCCGAGCCUCAACAAGUUUUUUGGGAUUCGGACUGGUGGGUGCCCCUCUCGACAUUCACUAGUGGAACCAAGUUUGAUUUAUACAGAUAUAAUUGGUCUUAGACAAAUCCAGAAAGUACUUAAAACAUCAUGGAUCAAAUACAAGUGUAUAAUUCGAGUGCUGGACUCUUUUGGCACUGAACCAGACUUCAAUCAUGCAGACUGGGCAAAGAAACACAACCUCACUAGUCCAUUCGGUGGACUCGGUCUGACCCCCCUGCAGUUCUACACCAUGUUUCCUCAUACACCAGACAACACAUUCCUCGGCUUCGUGGUGCAACAUCAGCAGAGUCUGGAGGAGAAUGAGAAGCUGAAGUCCACCCAGAGAAAAAACCAGGCACUCAUUUAUGGGAAGAGUGACACAUUUUGGAAGGGUAAAAAGUCUUAUCUGGACAUCAUCCACAAGUACUUGGAUAUCCAUGGGACAGUCGAUAGCGGUACUCUGAUUCCAACCUAUGUGACAAAUCAUGGUAUCAUUAAAGGAAGUGAUGUGCAGACCUUGUUGAGACAAAGCAAAGUUUUUGUUGGGUUGUCGUUCCCAUAUGAAGGCCCCGCUCCUCUGGAAGCCUUAGCCAAUGGUUGUGCUUUCCUGAACCCCAGAUUAAAACCUCCACACAGCAGCCUGAACACCGAGUUCUUCAAAGGAAAACCCACCAUCAGAGAGGUCACAUCCCAGCACCCAUAUGCUGAAGAAAUAGGGGAGCCUUAUGUGUGGAUGGUAGAUAUGGAUAACCAAACAGAUGUGGAGAGAGCCAUCACUGCUAUACUCAAUCGCACUAUAAAACCUUACCUUCCCUAUGAGUUUACAUGUGAAGGAAUGCUGCAGAGGGUUAAUGUCCUGAUUGAAAAACAGGAUUUAUGCUCACCUGCAAUGAGCUGGCCUCCUCUGAGUGCUCUUCAGGUAGUGAAAGCGGAGGCAGGAACUUCGUGUAAACAGGCCUGUCGGAGGGCGGGGCUUAUCUGUGAACCAGCAUUCUUUCCAUACCUCAACAAUGCCAACAAUCUCGCCAGCCACAAUAUAGCUUGUGAAAAGUCUGAGUUUUCAGAUGGCCACCUUGUGUUCCCAGCCUACGACAGCAGCAGGCAACGUUGCCUGUUCCAGUCGGAUUCUCUGCUCUACAGCUGUGUCAGAUCCGAGCAAUCACUAAACCGCAUCUGUCCCUGCAGAGACUACAUCAAGGACCAAGUAGCCUUAUGUAAGGCAUGUUUAUGACAGCUGAACAUUGAAGAAAAUGGCACAAAAUGUCAUCCAAUAUCAGCUCAGUAUUUCCUCCUGGAGUCUCCAAGUUCAAUUUAUUUAUCUUUUGUAGUUUGAAGCUCUACCAACAAGCCUGUCAUAUUAUCAUAUAUUAUGUGCAACUCCACUUUGUCUUGGUCAUUUGGAAAAAGUCCAUCUUCAUUUAUAAAUGAAAUUUCGAGCUCUUAAAUUUGCCAGCACAUCUGCUAAUGAUUUUUCAGAUUGCAACACUUUUGAUGUACAUUUCAAACUGACUUUGCCUCUUUCACUUUUGCUUAAAAUCAUCUUCAAAUUACAAUCAACAGUAACUGACUGCAUCUAAAAUUCCUGUAAUGCUGAGGAUUUAAGUUUUUGUUCAGCUAAUACAUGCCUGGAUGUUUGAGUUUACAAAAAAAUGAACACAUUGUACACAAUUCUGCUCUUCAAAUGUUGAACCUUUUAAAUCAAGUUCAUUUGCCAACUUUUUGAAGCUCUAUUCCAAUUAAACCAAUUGAGGUUACAGUUUCUGCUGCAAAGAUAAUAUUGAUGGAAGUUCCUCUCUAACAUUCCCACUGCUCUUGUCAGGACAGAGCAGAGUGAUUUCAGACUCGAAAUGAUGAUGCAAAAGUGUGAAAUAUUGCCUUAGAUGGUUAGAAAGCUGACUGACAGUAAAUACUGCAGGAGUCCGAAUCAGCCUCUUUAACUUCAUGAAAUGGAUAGAAAUGCAAAUGGUCACAUUUGUGUCUGUAGCCCAACUUUCCUUUAUAAUUGUGCCACAAUAUGUGAUUAUAAAAAAGUAAGUUUACUGAAUUAUAUGAGCUUCUUUUAUUGUGGAAUUAAUUUAUUUUUAUCAUAAGUUUUAUUUACUGAAAUAAGGUUUUUACAUCAGUAAAAACACAAAAAAUUUAGAAAUUUGCAAGUUAUUAAACAGAAUUAGUGUCGUUUGUAACACAAUUUAAGGUUUUAUUUAUAUUCAGAUAUGGAGUGCAAUAGGUUUGGGUGAUUGUAUUUUUCCUUAUAAAUCCAAAAAGACCAAGUUAAUAUUUCAAAGAUCUCCUGGCUUUGGCUUAAUAAACAUAAUAUACAUAUAAGAAAAUGAAUAGCUUAAUAAUCUUACUGUGAUAAUGCACAAACUUUGGCCUCAAUUUGGUUUAAAAUGUUUAUGAAAUGUAAAUAAUAUAGAAACAUUUCUGUUAAUACAUUUCCAAUUAUUUUAUUUUUAUUGACAAUUGUACCCAGUAUAACUUUUGAUCAUAGCUGCACACCUUAAAUAAUUCCAAUAAUUUGAUAUUCCUUUAUCAACAGGCACACGUUUUUAAAUCCUCUUUAGUUUUUAUUAUAUUUUUGACACAGAAACUAAUUAUGGCAGCAAGUGUCCCAUGGAGUAAAAUGAGAUCUUAUUAGCACUUUUAGUGAAACAGAUGUGAUUUGGAGCUGAUAGGGACGACAGUGUUCCUAAAGGGAUUAUAUGUUUUUUAUUAUUGUCAA